AUGGUCUCCGCCACGUCCGCCAACCUCGGGGAUGACUCCACCGGCAGCGUCGACCUCACCAGCGAGACGACCGUCAACGCCUGGAUCGACUUCCGUCCCUCCGAUUUCGGUGACGGGAAAGGCGGCGUCUUGGAGGUGUUCAUGUCCUACGCGCCCAAGCGCCCGCCCAGGCCCGUGCUGUCCGCGCCGCUCGACCUCGGGGAGCACAUCAAGGACGCCGCGUUCGUCGGAUUCUACGCCUCCACAUAG